UUUCCCUUUCCCCCUCUUCCUUCCAAAAUCUCGCGACAGCAACGCCAACAACAAGAAAAAUUAAAGCUUCUCAUACUUCAAAGUCCUUCGCACUCCGCCCAGCUCCAUCCUUCCCUCUCUCUCUCUCUCUCUAUAGAUUCCCGUUCUCUCCUGCAACUCUCCCUCUCUAGAAACUGCUGCCAUCUCGCUAAUGUUGCUUUUCUGGGGCACCGUUACGGCUCAUCCGCAUCAAUGUUAGGUAUUGAACUUGGAGCAGAAGAAGUUCCAGGUAGCACAAUCAGUGAAACCCUAGUGGCACGCGCAACGGCGAGUUGCUGUCGCUAUGGUGUUCAAGAACAAGCUCUUCUUCUCUUCGAAGAAAUCGGACUCCUCCAGUCCUGAUGGAUCCAACAACAGUCCUCGAUCCAUCGGCUCCAAUUCCCCGAUCCGCUUAGAGAAGAAGAAGUCCAAGUCUUCCUCCUCCUUCUCCUCGUCUUCCAAAGACAACAGUCCCAGCUCCGGGGCCAGUGGCGGCUUUGCGGCGGCGGCGGCCUGUAAGCAGGCUGACGUCAAGGAUGCGCUGAAGAAGAAGGGGAAGGAGGUGGGCGGGAAGGGGAAGGAGAGUAGCAGUGCCGCUGCUGUUGCUGCUGCUCAAUUGCUACUCGGUCAGCCUCAAACGCCCGUUAAACAAGGGGGAUUCUCUGCUUCUGUCCUGGGGUCUGCUUCGGCUUCCAAGUCCAAGAAGGGUCUGGGGAAUGGGAAGGAGGACGCGUUGUCCGUAUCUCCCAUUUUAGCUUCUUCUUUGGGGUUGAAUAAGAUAAAGACGAGAUCAGGGCCGUUGCCUCAGGAGAGUUUCUUCAGUUUCAGGGGAGAAAAGGGGCCAGGGGUACUGGGCGUAAGUAAUUUGUCGAGGCCUAGUGCCGGGAAGGGGGCUUCCUCUUCCAACGCGACUGGGUCGGUGAAGAAGGAGGAUGUUUUGGGGCAGAGUAGGUUACCGGGGUUUCAAGACCGUAGUGGUAAAGCAAUUGAUGCUAGCAGCAAUUGGGAUCGACUGUUAACUGGGGAUGGCGCGCAGACCCGGGAGGCAACUCCCAAUUUGUUGCCAGGGACUCGCUUAGAGGAUGGGGAGCCCUCCAGUGAUGCAGGCCGACAUGAGUCAUCCUCCGGUCGUUCUGGUGGUGUAAGAAAUUCAGAUGUUUUUACACCUGAGGUACGUACUGAAUUUCUAGAAAUGAAUGAGUCUGAGUCUCCACGGUUUCAAGCUAUCCUUCGUGUCACUAGUGCACCAAGGAAGAGGUUUCCAGCUGAUAUAAAAAGUUUUUCUCAUGAACUCAAUUCCAAAGGUGUACGUCCUUUCCCUUUCUGGAAGCCUCGAGGAUUAAAUAAUGUGGAGCAAAUCUUGGUUGUUAUACGGGGAAAGUUUGACAAGGCAAAGGAAGAAGUGAAUUCAGAUCUGGCUGUCUUUGCAGCUGAUCUUGUUGGAAUUCUAGAAAAGAAUGCAGAAAGUCAUCCAGAAUGGCAGGAAACUAUAGAGGACUUGUUGGUUUUGGCAAGAAGUUGUGCUAUGCAAUCACCUGGAGAGUUUUGGCUCCAAUGUGAAAGCAUAGUUCAAGAAUUGGAUGACAGACGGCAGGAACUUCCUCCUGGAACACUGAAGCAACUUCAUACUAAGAUGCUUUUCAUUCUUACAAGGUGUACGAGGCUGUUGCAGUUUCACAAAGAAAGUGGAUUGGCUGAGGAUGCAAACAUCUUUCAACUUCGUCAAUCUAGGGUCUUGCACUCAGCAGAGAAACGCAUUCCUCCAGGUCUUGGAAGGGGUAUGAAAAGCUCUACAGCUUCAAAAGCUACAAAAGGGCCUUCAGAACAGCAUAAGCUAGUUUGGAACCGAGAGCCACUGGUGUUGUCUGGAAACUUACUCUCUCCUACUGAUGGUUCCAAAAGUGUUGAGUCGCCUGGAGGUCGAGAUAGAAUGGCUUCCUGGAAAAAGCUUCCGUCUCCUGCUGCGAAAGGUCCUAAGGAACUACCUUCUCCUGAGAAUCAGAUUGGUGUCGGGAUUGAUCCUUUGCAAGUGUCAAGCAGCAGCAAAGGGAUUUCUGACGUGGAUGUUGCUGGAGCUAAACCUCUUGAGGUUCCUGCCGUAAAAGAUCCACCUGAACAUUCUACAAAACACCAACAUAAAGUUUCCUGGGGAUACUGGGGUGACCAAAAUCCAUCCGAUGAAAAUUCCAUUAUUUGUCGGAUUUGUGAGGAAGAGGUUCAAACUACACAUGUUGAAGACCAUUCAAGAAUUUGUGCAAUUGCAGAUCGGUGUGAUCAGAAAGGUCUAGGUGUUAAUGAGCGCCUUUUGAGAAUCUCAGAAACCCUUGAGAAAAUGAUGGAGUCUUUCGCUCAGAAAGAUAUCCAGCCUGCUCUUGGAAGCCCUGAUGUUGCGAAAGUAUCAAAUUCCAGUGUAACUGAAGAAUCAGAUGUUCCAUCCCCCAAACUAAGUGAUUGGUCUAGAAGAGGAUCUGAAGACAUGCUUGACUGUUUUCCUGAAUCUGAUAACCCAGCGUUCAUGGAUGACAUGAAGGGAUUGCCAUCCAUGUCAUGCAGAACACGAUUUGGUCCAAAAUCUGAUCAGGGGAUGGCCACUUCAUCAGCUGGUAGUAUGACGCCUAGAUCUCCAUUAUUGACACCAAAGACCAGCCAGAUAGACUUGCUUCUUGCAGGCAAAGGUGCUUACCCUGAGCAUGAUGACCUGCCACAGAUGAAUGAACUAGCUGAUAUUGCAAGAUGCGUGUCAACCACACCUUUGGAGGAUGAACGUUCCAUUCCCUAUUUAUUAUCGUGCCUUGAGGACCUGAGGGUUGUUAUUGAUCGAAGAAAGUUUAAUGCUCUUACCGUGGAAACUUUUGGUGCACGGAUUGAGAAACUUAUCCGAGAGAAGUAUUUGCAGCUUUGCGAGCUGGUGGAAGAUGAGAAGGUUGAUUUAGGCAGCACUGUAAUUGAUGAAGAUGCUCCCUUGGAGGAUGACGUAGUUCGGAGCCUGAGAACGAGCCCCAUACACUCUUCAAAGGACCGUACUUCAAUAGAUGAUUUUGAGAUCAUCAAACCAAUUAGCCGUGGGGCAUUUGGACGGGUUUUCCUUGCUAAGAAGAGAACAACAGGAGAUCUUUUUGCCAUUAAGGUCUUAAAAAAGGCUGAUAUGAUCCGCAAGAAUGCCGUUGAGAGUAUACUAGCAGAACGUGAUAUUCUUAUUUCAGUGCGCAAUCCGUUUGUGGUUCGCUUCUUUUAUUCGUUUACUUGCCGUGAGAACUUAUACCUUGUGAUGGAGUAUUUGAAUGGAGGUGAUUUGUAUUCGUUAUUGCGAAAUAUGGGCUGCUUAGAUGAAGAUGUCGCUCGUGUAUAUAUUGCUGAAGUUGUACUUGCUUUGGAAUAUCUACAUUCAUUGCGCGUGGUUCAUCGUGAUCUCAAGCCUGAUAAUUUGCUCAUCGCACAUGAUGGGCAUAUCAAGUUGACAGAUUUUGGACUUUCCAAGGUUGGGCUCAUCAACAGCACUGAUGACUUGUCUGGUCCAGCAGCUAGUGGAACGUCAAUGCUUGUGGAUGAUGAACCAGAAUUACCAACUUUGGAUCAACAAGAAAAGAGGAAGAAACGCUCUGCUGUGGGUACACCUGACUAUUUGGCGCCAGAGAUUCUUUUGGGAACAGGACAUGGUUGUACUGCUGAUUGGUGGUCUGUUGGUGUGAUUUUGUUUGAACUGAUCGUUGGUAUUCCUCCCUUCAACGCAGAGCAUCCUCAGAUAAUAUUUGAUAAUAUUCUCAAUCGGAAGAUACCAUGGCCCGAUGUACCUAAUGAAAUGAGCCCUGAAGCUGAAGAUAUAAUUGAUAGAUUAUUAACUGAAGAUCCUCAUAUGAGACUUGGUGCAACGGGAGCAUCUGAGGUAAAGCAACAUCCAUUCUUUAAAGAUAUCAACUGGGACACACUUGCAAGACAGAAGGCCGCAUUUGUUCCUAGUUCAGAUAGUGCUCUUGAUACUAGUUACUUCACCAGUCGGUACACUUGGAAUACUUCAGAUGACAAUGCAUAUCCCGGUAGUGACUUUGAUGAUUCAAGUGAUGCUGACAGCUUAAGUGGCAGUAGCAGUUGCUUGAGCAAUCGUCAAGAAGAAGUGGUAGGAGACGAAUUUGCGGGCCUGGCAGAUUUCGAAUCGGGUUCCAAUGUCAAUUACUCUUUUAGUAAUUUCUCAUUUAAGAAUCUGUCUCAGCUGGCAUCAAUCAACUACGAUCUUCUAUCAAAGGGUUGGAAGGAUGACCCUCCUGCAAGCUCAUGACAACUCUCUCUUGACUCUGUCACAAGUGCCAGAAGUUUGGGUUCGUUUUGAUUUGGAUCGAUUAAGUGGCCCUUAAUUAUAUUCUAGGCCGUUUCUGCAUCCGGAAUGGUGUCUUGUAUACCCUGUACAUAGACAGAAGAGGCAUCCAUUUAAAGACUGGAAAAAGGUUCCUUCAUGAUUGGCUGGUGUUUAAAUGGUAAAUGUGUUUGACGAGACCAACACUUUUGGUUUUCCUAUAUCCUUUCAAAGUGCCUGAGUUCGUUUUGUAUCAUUUUGAUCCGAGAACAUCAGCAGUAGAGCAUUGUUUUUUAGUCGGGGGGAUGUGGUAGUACAAUGCUCAUGUUGAUGGAAAGCAAAACCUUGGUGUUCUUGUUGUGAAUUUUGCACCUGUAACAACGAGAACACUUAAAUUUCCCCCUUCCUACCAGCUCAAAAAUGUACUUAGCACGAUUUGCUGCUGGUUAGGUAUUGUGUAAAGAGCAUAUGUUAAGACUCGAGAACAGUAUUGGGAAGCCUACAAUGGAGCAAAUGUCGGAGAGCAAAGAUCGGUGGUUUUCGUUAGAACAGAAGUUACUGCAAAUCCUCAAUUUAAUGGAAAGCUUUCCCUGGACGAUGGAUGAAUUGGGUUACGCAUCUUUAUUUCAAUGACAACAACUAACUGCGAGCGCUGUCUCGAAUCUUCGUGGUUUGCAGCUUCAACUAGCACGUCUAACAACAUUACCAACAUUUGUCGUUGAUGUACCUUCGAACUGCACCUACGCUUCUGUGAAGUUGAUUUGUAGUAUUGGUCAACAUUGCGACGAUCUAUAAUUUCUUGAAGUUGCUUGCAUAGUAAGUUAGAACUGCUCAGGCGUGGUGGUUUUGCGCUAGUGGCACCUCAGCAAGGAGACUACUUGAAGGAAUUACUUUCAGAAAGAACCAAACAGCAGAAUCCCAAAGGUCGGAACUGGCGCAACAGUUGGAGCUGCAAUAGUCAGUGCAGUUAAGAAGGAUGCAACGUGCAGAGC